AUGGAUGUGCCGGAAACCGAGAAAAAAUGUAUCGAUUCAAAGAUCAACAUGACUGUGCUAUUCGACCAGUUUUGUGAUCUUGUAGAAAGGGGACGGAAAGCCGGGAAAUCGGUACUUGUUUGUAGUGCGAAAGGAAGGAAUAGGGCUCCGGCAUUCUGUGCAGCCUAUCUGAUAAGUAAAGAAAGAAUGACUCGCCAGCAGGCUGUUGCCAAGGUCCUCGAGCAGGUAAAAACCACUUUCCAUCACUGCUAA